AUGAAUAUGUUCGUUGCCGUGGAUGCCGCUGCCGAUACGGCAGGAAGUCUCGCUAGACCCUCCGUCUAUUUGGCCGGCCGUAAAGUCAACAACACACGAUCUGGAGCCCAUGAUCAAGCCCCGCCUGAAGAUAAAUCAACCGACAAUCCCGGCAAUGCAUCCCAGGUUCAGGAGAGACAAACCCCUGUUCAAGUAAUCUCAGUCGGACUUGCGGAGGAAUCAGAUCCUUUCACACCUGAGUUCAGCAAUGCACUUGUGUCUGCCACGACCGACUCGCGACAUGUCAACAUCACUACGAUGGCACCGAGAGCCUUGCAUUUCCCAGUCAUCGGUCGUGCGAGGCACCCAUCGCCCCAGUCACAGUCUGAGUUACAGGUCGCGGGUCUCGCCUCCCCAAGCCUUAGCAGGACGCUCAACUCUUCUACCUCAGAAACAUCAAGCUCUGGCUGGACCGAGGAUGGCCGAGAGCGAGACGUGAACCUGGUCGUUUCUCUGUCGUGCUAUACCUUGCUUUGGACAUUCCUGAAGUUGGUGACAGCACCUUCCGAGUCUGCUCAGCAGCCCAGGGACGGGCCAAACCACACAAAAGAUGUCCUUGGACACAAGUCAUCAUCUCGGAAUAGUCGAGCGAGUGGAAAGAAAAGGCAAGAUACUUCCGAAGACGAAUUGGACGACGAAGACGGGGAGAGAGGCGCAAAACGCAAGCGAGUAGAUGCCACAUGUGCAGACGAGCAUGAUAUCCGACCACUUGCGUGCCCCUUCAACAAGUAUGACAACGUGUUGUUUGGGCCAGAAUCGGCAGACGAAGCAUAUCAUUGCUGUGCUACUUCCAGCUUUAUGAAUAUUGCACGUCUAAAGCGCGAUUUCUCUUCGCAGGCCAUGGUCGCAGCCCAUUUGCGCGAAACCCCGAUGUGCCCCGUCCUUGAACCACCGCUCUUUGUGGAGAAGAUCAGUAAGGACUUGGCCGAGGAGCUCGGGCUCGAUCGCAAAAACUCCCCGCGCACGGACAGGAUUGCAUACUGGCACAAGAUUUAUGACACUUUCUUCCCCGGUGCUGCUAAGGAUCGUCCGGUCAGUCCAUAUUACGAAGGACCUGCGGCAGAGCAUCUCCGCCAAUUUCUUCUGUUCUCAGAGAGAGCUUUAGGACAACUGAUACCAGCUGUCCAGGAGCGAACAGGUCUUCUGACACAUUUGACCCCUGGCGGCCAAGAGCGACUACUUCGAGAAGUUCAACAGGAGGCAGGCCAGAGAUAUCUCCAACACAUUGCUAACAGAUGCAUGCCUCGCUUAUGCCGUCCAGCUCCCAUCUCCGAGGUAUUACGGACCCGCAGCAGUGCCCAAAAUCUAGAUCCAUCGAUGAAUGUCGUCGAAGCACCAUCUCUGCUGGCCAGUACCUCUCUAGAGACAAUCGAGAGAAGCGUACAUCAAGCAUCUCCGAGCGAUAUUGCUGCUGGCGUGGACGCGGCUCUACAUACCUUGCCCCGAAAUCUUCCAGGUUCGCACGUCGAUGUUGGAUACGCUCCGCGCACUUCACAGGUUCAAGAAAGUCGCCUUGAUCAACAGAGUAUCGAUGCAUUGUUUGAACCGUUGCUUGCAGGUGAUUUGUUUCAUGCUGCGGUUGGUGACCCCCAAGAUUUUGGACAUGAUUCUUCGCAAAUCCAUUUUUCCUACCCCGGACAGUUUGGUGAUGUUGUGUAUUUCCCAGAAGGCCAGGUUGAAGAAUGA